AUGAGCAGCCAAGCUGUCAACACCCACAGGACGCUGGCCAGUCCCGUCUGGCUCUUUGGCAUCCGCAUCGCCCAGGUCGUCCUGUCCAUUAUCGUCCUUGGCAUGGCCGCUGCCUGGUCCGACUACGUGCUCUUUGAUGCUCCCAGCCUCGGCAUCGCCGCCGCCGUCUUGACCUGGGUCGCCGUCGCGUACAUCCUCGUCACCGAAAAGGUCGGCGCAGCCAACAUCGCCUACAGCAUCUUCGCCGUCAUCGCCCUCGACAUCUUCAUGGUCAUCCUCUGGCUGGCCACCUGGGCCCUCAACGCCGCCCGCCGCGCCCAGCUCGGAACCAUUGGCGGCAUCGGCAGGGGCGGCGGCGGCGGCCAGUUCUGUUACAACGGUGUCUGCUACGACUACCGAAAGCGUUCCAUCGAGCGCCGCUACACCAGCUACAACACUCUGUCUGGCCUCCUCGCUGGCGUCGCCGCCAUUGGCGCUUUCAUCUGGGUCCUCUUCAUUGUUACUCUCGUCUGGACCAUCAUGAGCUUCCUUGCCGGUCGCAAGGACGGCCGCUUCACCUUUGGCUCUUCCAGCACCACCGCUGCCGCUGACCACAACAUGGAGGAGCAAAAGGUCCAGGGACAGACGGCCCAGCCCGCCCAGCAGCCUCAGCAAGGCCCCCAGUUCGCCCAGCCUCAGUACGAAGGCCAGCAGCAGCCCCAGCAGCAGGCGUACCCUCAGUAUCCCCAGCAGCCUGCCGAGGCUCAGGGCCAGUACCAGGCCCCUCAGGUCGCCGCCGGGCACCAGCAGCAAUAUCCUCACGACCCCAACCAGGUCACUCCCCAGCAGCACCAGCACCAGCAGUAA